AUGGUCCUCCCCGCGGCUCCCGUCGCCGCGGCGGUCACGGCGGUCGUCUACGCCGCGUUACUCGCCACGACCCGGAUCCCCUGCGGCGCCGACGGCACCUUCUGUCGCGAGGGCGCGUGCGAGCGCGUCCGCGCCCACCUCGCCGCCAACCUCCACGGCCAGGACACCGCCGUGAACCUUCUCGCGGACGCGGUGUGCGACCACGUGGCGUCGCCGCGGCCGAACAAGCCCCUCGUCGCGUCCCUACACGGAUCGCCCGGGAUCGGCAAAUCGUACUUUCAUCAGCUCCUCGCGCAGGCGCUCUACAACGCCACGGGCGACGGAUCGCAUCCCGCGGAGGACGCGUUCGGAAACCCGAUCGAGUCCGACGCCGGUUCCGACCACCAGAGCGGCGCCCCGUGGGGCGGCAACUCGAACGGCAACUCGAACGGCAACUCGAACGGCAACUCGAACGGAGGAAACAACGCCAUGGUGGACGCCAUGGUGGACAAGGGGAGGGUCAUCAAGGGCUACCUGCCCACGUUCAUGGGCGGCGACGUCGCGCCGCGGUGGAACGACGCGAACGGCGUCAACGCUCGCCAUAGGGUGGAGUGCCCCGGCCGAGACUGCCCCGCGUACAAGGUCAUCUUCGGCACCGACUACGUCACCGCGGAGCAGGAGGCGCAGGGCAGGGCGCUCAGGGACGCAAUCGUGAACCAUCUAUCCACGUUUCCCGAAUCAGUAAUCGUCAUCGAGGAGUACGACAAGAUGGGAUGCCCCGCGAGGGGAAUGCUGAAGCAGCUGCUGGACAAGGGUGCGAACGGAAACGCGACGUUUCACCGGUCGGUCUUCGUGCUGGAGGCCAACUUGGGGUUUGUGGAGAUUAACCGGAGGGUCCGGAAGGGUUUGGGAAAUAGCCAAAACAACAACGUUGGGGAUGGGUCGAGCGGGGAAGGCUCGAGCGGCGGGGAGGAACUCGGCGUGGACGAGCUCACCGCGACGCAGCGCACGCUACGGGACACGGUGUUCAAGCGGUGGAAGGACGAGAGGUGCGAGGAGUGGAGCGACACGCACAAGGCUGUGGGAUCCGUCGACCUCUUCGCGCCGUUUCUGCCGCUGACGAGAAAGUCCGUCGGCGAGGUCAUCGAAGCGCACUUGAGGGAGCGCACGCGCGUGAAACGACGCGCGAGGGAGCUCGCGCGGCUCACGUGGACCCGCCCUGACGUCGUCGACUUCCUCGUGUCGCAGGUUGAGUUCGAGAAGGAGCACGCCAUCGAGGGCGGGAAGGAAGCGGGCGGGGUGCUGUCGAGGUGGGUCACGCGCGCGAUACGUCGGCUGGCGCAGGCGGAGGACACGGCGCGCAAGAAGGAGAGCCAGCGUCGGGCGGUCGAGGAGGGGCGGCUGUGGGUGGACGAUAGGAGCGGACCGCCGCUGCGGGACAGGUCCGUGCGGCUGGAGGUUGCGAAAGGGGGACGCGAGCUCGUCGCGAGCGUAGCAGACUGAACGCUCCGCGUUAGAUUUAAUUAAUUAAAUCGUCUGAGGAUUAAACAUUUUU